GGUUCUUGAUAAUGAAUCGUAUCGCCGAAGGGUCGAGACCUGUGCGGCCUGCUUUCUUUUGUCGGAUGAUUAGAAAUGACAAAUAGCCCUACAGUGAUUCGCCUUAACCAAGAAUCCGACCACUACUUCGGGUAUAGUUCGACCGCCUAUGUGAAGAUAGCAUCCCGUGUACUCGGAAACCGAGCCCCUCGCGCGACAAUGCCAGAGCAGCUCUCGUCUCGUGCUUCAGUUAAGUCAAGUGCGUCUAGUAGUGCUACCGGCCAGCGAGCCCGGACGGGUACCCGUACUCAUCGCGGCUUGACAUGUCAGAACUGCAGGGUAAGGAAAACCCGGUGCGAUGGUACGCAACCGCAGUGCAAGACUUGUGAGGUCUAUCAAGAUGAGUGCCGAUAUGAGAAGCCUCCGCCAAUGUCACAAAUUAUGGGCAUGGCGAAAAGGCUACAGGAAGCCGAAGCUACCAUAGUGGAACUCAAGAGAGCGUUAGAAGAGGCAACGAGCGUAGAGUCUAAGACUUCGCCAACUCCCAACCCGAGUACCGACAGCCCUAUAGUACAUCGUCUACCUGGACCCCGUAUCACGCGUCGGCCUGCGUAUGGGCUAGGUAACACAGUGCCCGCAUCUGCGCAAGGAUCGACAACGGAGGACUUGCUAUCUGACAUCUGUCUCGACGCAAAUGGAAAGAUAUGUUUCUAUGGUUCUACCUCCGCGGUGCACGACCCGGCGGCGUUUGCUGGGCGGUCACCAAAUUUUCAGAGUUUCAACGAUCAAAGUUCGAAGGUUGAUGUGCGCACUUUGCUGACUUCCAAUGCUAUGGAAACACGCACAUGGGAGGAGUUUGCCAUUGGCAACGCAGCGGUACAGAAUGACAUUCCAAGAGAAAUCAUGUCACGAUUAUUGAGAUUAUACUGGACAUGGAUCAGCCCUAUGUUCAUGUGGGGCUAUCGGCCGGCUUUCAUGCGAGACAUGAUGACUGGUGGACAGUACUAUUCACCCUUGCUCCUGGCCAUAAUGUGUGGUCAUGCGGCUCGAUUCCACGAAAGGAGAAUCGCCGAAAUGCUAAUAGCACGGGGGCGAUUACUACUUGGGGUAGAGAUACAUCGACCAAGCUCCAUAACAACAGUCCAAGCCUUGCUGCAACUCAGCGCACGAGAUUUGGCAUAUGGAAAUGUAUCACAGGCAUGGACGUAUAGUGGUAUUGCUUUUAGAAUGGUAAGUGACCUGGGCCUUCGUCAUAGCAGUGGAUCAAUAUACAGCCUAGGUAGCCUCAAUGCAGAGGACCUAGAGAUCCGGCGCAGGCUUUUCUGGAGCUGCUAUUUUUGGGACAAAGCAAUGAGCCUUUAUCUUGGUCGAACUCCAGUCUUGACGGAGCUUCCAUCGAAUCAUGCUCCUGAACUCCUAGACGAUUUUGCAGAACAUGAUACGUGGGCACCUGAAGAUGGAUCAGGAGAAGCAUCCGAGAAGGCGGCGACUCCAGCAUUUCCACCAAUGAAAUCUCACGUCGUCUCCUGCUUUGUCAACUCUUGCAAAUUGGCGGUCAUCAUUAGCGACAUUAUCCUGCAUCUAUAUUCAACACAUCACCGUGAUGAGGGCGACAUGUUUUUAAGAGCUAUUAGAGACAGGCUAGACGAGUGGAGGGCUCUUACUGCAGAUCACUUGAAGCUUGAGCCUGAUAAUCUGCCAAAUAUCAGCCCACCUCCUCACAUAGUCAGCCAGAAUUUACUGUACUUCGCUACGAUAAUUCUUCUACAUCGACCAUUUAAUUCAGCGACCAUCCAUCAUGCCGCUUGUCGGCAAGCAGCAGACAGUACCGAAAGACUUGUGCUCCUGUUCGAGCGCACCUACGGGUUCACCAAGUUAUCCUACCUCUCAGCAUACUGUGUUUAUACGUCAGCCUCCGUCAUGGUGCAGGAUGCAAAAGCCGGAGAUACGCUAGCGAGACGAAAGACGGAAAACUUCCUUCGAGCUCUAAACGCGGCAGCCAAGACGUGUGAUAUCAUCCAGCGCAGCGUGGAUAUCAUUACCAAUAGUCUCAAUGCGGAGCCAUCGCGCGCGAUACCCAUCAGUGAGCCAACCCGGGCACCCGAGAAUACACUGCUUAACAGGCAGUAUCUACCUGCUUUUUUAUAUCGAGAUACCCAGAUCAAUUUUAGUAGCAAUCCGAAUAUGGGUGGAAUGGAAGUUGAUGCAUCGUCGCUGUUGGACUGCUUCCCAGAACAGCAUCAUGUGGAGGGUUCGACUGGCAAUUGGUAUCUGCCACCUUCAUAGAAAGCAAUCACACGCACGAGAAGCUUCCCGAAUUUUAUAAUAGUAGUGAAGGAGUCUGAGCGUGAAAAUACACCAACGAACUGUACGACGAACGAAAAAGCUACAAACUGAAAAAGAAAAAAGAAAAAAGAAGAAGGGUGGGGAAUGAAACAGAAAAGUGGCCGAUCAAUCCAUGCAGUGACAGGCCCUUCUGAAUUGGGGUUUUCGGCUAUCCCAUCCUGAAAAGAAAGUCUCUUGUGCCGGACUCAAGCAGUCUCGAGUUCCCAACUCUUCGAGGGCAUCAAGAUCACUCUUCUCUUGUGCAACACGAGUAUUAGGGCUAUGCCAUCCAUGACUUCUUUAAACCUUAGUCAAGCCAUAAACGCGUUGUCAAAUUUUCGCGCGGUUGCCCAGAUCAAUGA